AUGAAGACCGGAAUCGCCUAUCUUGCUGCCGUCUUGCCUCUGGCAAUGGCUGAGUCUCUGUGCGACCAGUAUGCCUACCUGAGCCGCGACGGAUACAACUUCAACAACAACGAGUGGGGUGCCGCUACGGGCACUGGAGAUCAGUGCACCUACGUCGAUAGCACUUCCAGCGGCGGUGUCUCGUGGCAUGCGGACUGGACCUGGUCUGGUUCCGAGUCCGAAAUCAAGAGCUACCCCUACUCUGGACUCGACCUCCCAGAGAAGAAGAUCGUCACCAGCAUCGGCAGCAUCUCCACCGGGGCAGAAUGGAGCUACUCGGGCUCCAACAUCCGAGCCGACGUUGCCUACGACAUCUUCACGGCAGCUGACCCCAACCACGCUACCAGCAGUGGUGAUUACGAGGUUAUGAUAUGGCUUGCCAACCUCGGUGGUCUCACACCUAUCGGUAGCCCCAUCGGCACUGUCAAGGCUGCCGGCCGCGACUGGGAGCUCUGGGACGGCUACAACGGCGCCAUGAGGGUGUACAGUUUUGUUGCCCCCAGCCAGCUGAACUCGUUCGACGGAGAGAUUAUGGACUUCUUCUAUGUUGUCAAGGACAUGCGCGGCUUCCCUGCCGAUAGCCAGCAUCUUCUGACUGUUCAAUUCGGUACUGAGCCCAUUUCUGGUAGCGGCGCCAAGUUCUCUGUGAGCCACUGGUCGGCCAAGCUUGGUUGA